AUGGGAAACUCGACAAGUCACAUCUCUGGUAGGAAAUCUGAUUUCCAUGAGUCCUGGGACACUUUGUCGACAACCACCCUCUCUGGCAUGGACAUCACUCUAGCAAAGGCACCGCUGAAACAUAUCCUGCAAUCUUAUUCUACUGGCGACAUAAGCCAAGUUGUUGCUACUAUGCCCAAAGCGAUAAUUUGGCGCAACACUGACUUUAUGAGCCUAUCAGCCAAGCGCUUGUACAGGGAGGUGUCUGAUAUUUUCUUGAAGCAUAAAGCGGAUGCUAUACUAGAUCCCUUUUCAAUCAAACAUGUCAAACUUUAUGAGCCUUGUAGAGCCCCAGUAUUCAUAUGGUCCCUACCCGCUGAAAUCCUCAUUGCCAUCGUCGCUCUUCUAGGAGUGCAAGAUCUGCGAUGUGUUACUCAACUCUCUGCAUUUUCGCACUUUCUCCAGUCUGUCCCUCAUAAAUCCAUACGAUACAUAACACUUUUCUGGAAUUUUGACAUUCUUACUUGCUCAAUUUUCCCUCAUAUUGCUUCAGUCCUCGAGACCAUCCGUGCCUUCGGCUGUGAAGAUCUGAUGUGCAUGGGAUUCUACAGUCGCGUUGGCUCAUUGUCUGUCACUGGACUCACCCGAAUUCAGGGGCAUGUGAGCGAGAGCCACCUCAAAACCUUUUAUGGAUCAUCACAGGCAUUUUUCUCCCCCAAGCUUCUUCCUUUCACAAUCCAGACCAUCCGCUCUUCUUAUUUAGAAAAACUCCGACUCAGUUCUAUCAAACUCAGUCCUUCACACUGGGACAAACUGCUGCGGCACUUGGUCAUCCCAAUGCUCGUCAAACUCCAAGUUGACGCCAAUUGCGCACCAUCCACUCUCAUUCAUUUUCUGGCACGUCAUCCUGGCGUUGACAGCCUUGGUAUCAUUCCACGACCUGGUUGUCUCUGGAGGGCCCAUCGAAUCACCGCUUCUUUGACAUUAUUGUCGGUAUCUAUGCUAGAUGGGCCUUUGUCCCAUGUCCUCGCAGUCCUUCAGAGUCACCUUAAACCACCCACCCUCACCUACCUCGGUCUCUCAUUGCAGUCUCAGGACGCUUCACUUGACUAUCUUACCACCAUCUUACAAUGUGUCAGCUAUUGCAAUAGCAUUGGAUACCUCAAUCUUUCCCUGCCUGUGCAGGGUUUUUCUUAUUCGGCAAUGAUUUGCCCAGGUACUCAGUCAGUAGUUCAUGUUGAACACUUGGCAAUCUCCUCGGACGCUGCAGGCUCGUGCCCCGCUUUGGUAGGAGAUGCAUUGGAGCUAUCUGCUUCAUGGAUUGAAGCCUUUCCACUAGUCAAACAUGUCAGUAUGCGAGGUUGCUCCAACCUCACUGCUGAGCAUCUUAUUCACAUUAUGUGCAGAUUUACUGCUGCUGAUGUCGAAUUGUCUGUGAAACUGUGUCCCGAAGUUUCCCUCUAA